AUGUCACAAGAAUCGGAUGAGGCCAAAAUUGUUCACUUGUACAAAUCGGCCAGGGCUUUAGCGCUAUCGCCUAUUUCACAGGCAAUUCAAUUGAGAUGUUUUCAAACUUCGAGUUCAAAAUCGAUCAAUUUGCCUGAAAAUGCAUAUCACCAACAAGCAUGUCCCCAAUGUUGUAUACCUUGGGUACCAGGGCUAACUGUGAAAAUCAGGAUAAAGCUUGGCAAUAGUAUGAGAACAUCUGGAGGUUUAUCCAAAAGGGCCCGUAAGCGAAGGCAGCUUUUACUGCAAAAGAAAUUUUCAAAUUCCCCUCCACAAUUAGAAAGAAAACGGGCUUUAGUUUAUGACUGCUUAGUUUGCGACAACAGAUUGGUAUCUGAUCUGAGUAACAAAAUUACUGUCAGGGAUACUGGCUCAGCUGAGAACAUAAGCUCUGUGAGGGAUAUCAAGAUGGAACUAGCAAAUAACACAUCACCUUUAGAAGUGGUAGCGAGUUCAGCAUUAGAAACAAAUUCCAUCAGUUCGGCCAAAAAGCGGGCUAAAGAGAGGAAAUCCAAGUCUUCUCUAAAAUCAUUACUGGCGAAAAAUAGAGAUAAAGCCUCAACCUCAUCAACGACCAAAUUAGGACUAUCAGACUUUUUCAAGCCAGGUUGA